CGAACAGAUUGCAUUGCACGAGUUAAAAAAGAAUCUUUUUUUCACCAAAUUUAAAAGUUAAUUAAAACCAAAAAUCAUGGCAGAUGAAGACAUUUCAUUAAACGAAGAUCAGCUUCUCGAUAAUUUGGACGAUGCUAAUGGCGAUUUACUCACAGAAGAAGACUCAGGCAUGCAAAUUGAUCCAGAGUUGGAAGCAAUAAAAGCUCGAGUAAAAGAGAUGGAGGAAGAAGCAGAGAAAUUAAAGCAAUUACAAUCUGAAGUUAAUAAGCAAAUGACACUUGGAAGCCCGACAUCAUCAACUCCUAUAUUGUCAGUUGAGGAGAAAAUGGAAAUUGAUAAUCGAUCCAUCUAUGUUGGAAAUGUUGAUUAUGGUGCGACGGCAGAAGAAUUAGAAGCUCAUUUUCAUGGCUGUGGAAGCAUAAAUCGUGUGACAAUCCUAUGUAAUAAGCUUGAUGGACACCCAAAAGGAUUUGCAUACAUAGAAUUUGCAUCAAAAGAUUUUGUUGAAACCGCCUUAGCCAUGAAUGAGACACUCUUCAGAGGUCGUCAGAUUAAAGUCAUGUCAAAGCGAACCAACAGACCUGGACUAUGUACAACAAAUAGAAUCCCAAGAGGAAUGAGAGGUCGUGGCACACCACGUGGGCGUGGAGCUGCAUGUUGUCACGGAACUCACGGUAGAGGAAGAGCAUCAAGAGUGAUGGGAUAUCGCGGACGUGGAGUGAACUAUUACUCACCAUAUUAAAAAAAUCUACAUAAUCAACAUUACCUACUUAGCUAUUUUGAUGGGGAUGAGAAUAAAAAACAGUUCUAGGUAUAUAAGAAUUUUUUUUUCUACGUCAACUUUUUCCUGUAUCAUUUUUUAUAAAGGUGAGUAACUCAAUUAUUUAUUUACAU